AGCGUCAGCCGCUGAUCUGCAGAUCCGCUACAACAGCCUUUACCACGCCAAGGGCGGUCACCUGGCCCUGGUGGCGCGCAUUCUAGUGCACCAGCAAUUUGACAACCUGACCAAUGACAAUGACAUUGCCCUGCUGCAGACAACCAGUCCUAUGCUGCCUGUGGCGCCCCUUUCUGCGGUCAGGCUGCCGAAUCCCACCUCAGUGGACGUGCCAGCUGAUGACCAGCUGAUCACGGUUUUUGGCUGGGGAGCACUGGAGGAGAAUGGCACUGCUCUAUCGGCACAGCUGAAAAGUGUCACCGUCUCGGUGACCUCCACAAAGACCUGCACCUCCAUCUACGGCGAUGCAAUCACAGAAAAUAUGUUCUGCGGAGGUGAGCCGAAUGGAAAGGUCGAUGCUUGCCAAGGCGACAGCGGAUCACCAGCCGUCUCUGAGAAGGAGCCCCAGCUGCUGCUGGGUCUAGUCUCAUGGGGUUAUGGGUGUGCAAGGCCAAUGUACCCCGGCGUGUACACGAGGGUGGCCAAUUACGUCGAGUGGAUGCUCGAGAAUGGAGUGGAGCAAUAUCGAGNGCUGCUGCUAGGUCUAGUCUCAUGGGGUUAUGGGUGUGCAAGGCCAAUGUACCCCGGCGUGUACACGAGGGUGGCCAAUUACGUCGAGUGGAUGCUGGAGAAUGGAGUGGUCUUUAACUAUUAA